ACCAUUCUUUUGACGUGUUUCAUGUGGAGGCAGCAGUGAAAUUCAGAGGACAUAUGUCUAACAGUGUCAGCUGGAUCACACUUCUCUCUGAAGCAGUUGCUGUUGAACUACUGUAAUUGAACCAGAGAGGAUAAGACAAAUACAAUGUCUCUAAUGAAUGAAAAAGACGAAAAUGAUUACCACCACUCCUCCAGCGACAGAGAGAAAAAUUUAAAGCAUGAUAGAUCAGAUUCACCUGCCCCCAGUGUUUUGUCCAUGAAAAGUGAAGGAUCAAUGAAAAUGCCUAUUCAAUUUAAAGGUGGAGAUUCUUCCUCUGAUCAACGUUUAAAGCAUGACAGAUCAGAUUCACCUGCCCCCAGUGUUUUGUCCAUGAAAAGCGACCGAUCAAUGAACAUGCCAAUUCAAUUUAAAGGUGGAGAUUCUUCCUCUGAUCAAAGUGUUCAGCAAGAGAUAUCAUACUCAUCAGCCUCUUCAUCAUUAGCUCACAGAUCAAUAAAAAAUGCAAUUCCUCUGAAAAAUGGAAUACCUCGACUGGAAAAAAGACACGAUUUACAAGCAACUGAUGAGUACCACCACAAAUUGAAAUCAUACAUAAAAGUGAAACAUCAAUACAUUGUUGAAGGAUUAGCAAAGCAAGGAAACCCUACAUUACUCAAUGAGAUCUACACAGAGCUCUACAUCACAGAAGGUGGAAAUGGAGAGAUCAGUAAAGAGCAUGAGGUUAAACGGAUAGAAAAAACACUAACAGCAGCAAGACUGGAAACUCCAAUCAAAUGCAAUGAGAUCUUUAAACCUUUACCUGGACAAGACAAUCCCAUCAGAACUGUGCUGACAAAGGGAGUCGCUGGCAUUGGAAAAACAAUCUCUGUGCAGAAGUUCAUUCUUGACUGGGCUGAAGGGAAAGCAAAUCAGGACAUUCACCUCAUAUUUCCACUUCCUUUCAGAGAGCUCAAUCUUAUGUUUGACAAAAAGUGCAGUUUAGCUGAUCUUCUACAAAUCUUCUUUAUGGAUGAAACAAGUUUAGCCCUGAUCGAAAACUCCUCUGUUGUUUUUAUCUUUGAUGGUCUGGACGAGUGCCGUCUUCCCUUAAAUUUUCACAGCAAUGAGACUAUAUGUGAUGCAACCAAAGAGACCUCAGUGGAUGCACUGCUGACAAACCUCAUGAAGGGGAAUCUGCUUCCCUCUGCUCUCAUCUGGAUCACCUCCAGACCAGCAGCAGCUGAUCUCAUCCCCUCUGAAUGUGUUGAUCGAGUGACAGAGGUACGAGGCUUCAAUGAGCCACAGAAGGAGGAAUACUUCAGGAAGAGAAUCAGUGAUCAGAGUCUGGCUAAUAGAAUCAUCACACACCUGAAGUCAUCCAGGAGCCUCUAUAUCAUGUGUCACAUCCCAGUGUUCUGCUGGAUUUCAGCCACUGUUCUAGCGAGAAUGUUGAGUGAAGCAGAGAGUAGAGAGAUCCCCAGGACUCUCACUCAAAUGUACACACACUUCCUGAUCAUUCAGACAAACAUCAAACAUGAGAAGGACUAUGAGAAGAAAGUGAAAGAUGAAGACAUGAUCUUCAAACUGGGUAAACUGGCUUUUGAGCAGCUUGAGAAAGGUAAUCUGAUCUUCUACGAGGAAGACCUGAGAGAGUGUGGCAUUGAUGUGACAGAAGCAUCAGUGUACUCAGGAUUGUGCACUCAGAUCUUCAGAGAGGAAUUUGGCUUGUAUCACGGGAAAGUGUACUGCUUUGUUCAUCUUAGCAUUCAGGAACAUCUCGCAGCUCUAUAUGUGCACCUUUCCUUCCACAACAGCAACAAAAAUGUGCUUGACCAGGGUGAAGACAAUUCUGUGACAAUUCUGAGUUUACACAAGUGUGCAGUUGAUAAAACUUUAGAAAGUAAGAAUGGACAUCUGGAUCUCUUCCUUCGAUUUCUCAUGGGACUUUCAGUGGAGUCAAAUCAGACCCUUCUAGAAGGGCUUUUGGUGAAAAAAGCAAGUAGCCCCCUGGAGAGAGAGGGGACUAUUGAGUAUCUCAAGGAAAAAAUAAAAAAACAUAUUUGUUCAGAAAUGUCUCUGGUUCUUUUCCACUGUCUAAAUGAACUCAAUGAUCAUUCUCUCACUGGUGAAAUCCAAAGAUACCUGACCACAGAAACAUUAAGAAAACCAAUCUUGCCCCCAGAGCUCUGGCAAGCUCUGGGGUAUAUUUUAAUGACAUCAGACGAGAAGUUCGAUGAGUGUGAUCUUCAUAAAUAUGGCAGAUCAGAUGUAGCCCUGUUCUGGCUGAUUCCUAUGUUGAAGUUAUCUACAAUAAUCAGGAUGCAUGAGUGUAGUAUCACAAUGGCAGGCUGUGCGAUGAUUUGUCCUGGUUUUUCAUCAAUAUCCAAUUUGAGAGAGCUGGACUUGAGCCACAGCAAUCUGCAAGACCCUGGAGUGGAGAUGCUCUGUGUUGGAAUCAAAAAUUCAGGCUACAGCGUAAAACUUGUAAUUGAAAGUAUAUUGACUAACAACAGUCAAAACCAAGAAUCAUUGCACUGUACACCAGAUCUGCGUCGGCAGGAUGAAGAGAUUUAUUCUAAAUUUCCCAUGGCUGGACUACAGGACACAGAGUGUAGACUGGAAUCUCUAAAGCUAAAGAACGUUGGUGUAACAGAGGCAAGCUGUGUUUUCCUCAGCAAAGCUCUGAGUCUAAACCCUUCACAUCUUAGAGAGCUGGACCUGAGCUGGAAUAACAUAGGAGACUCUGGAGUGACAAAGCUUUGUGUUGCUCUAAAAAAAUGUCAGUGUGCCCUGGAAACACUGAGGUUGAAUAACUGUAACCUAACACAGGAAAGUUGUAAAGAACUGGCUGAAGUACUACAAACAGAUUCAAAUCUGAAAGAACUUUCUCUAAGCAAGAAUGAGCUUCAGGAUUUAGGAGUGAAUCAUCUCUCUGCUGCAGUGAAACAUAUAAAAUGUAAACUUGAGAUACUGAGGAUGUCAUGUUGCAAAAUCAAAACAGAGGGCUUUGCAUCUCUGACUUCAGCUUUGAGGUCAAACAUUUCUCACCUUAAAGAGCUGGAUCUGGGCAACAACAGACCUGGAGAUCCAGGAGUGAAGCUGCUCUCUGCUGCUCUUCUUGAUUCAAACUGCACACUGAAAACACUGAGGAUUGACAAAUGUGGAAUGACAGAGGAAAGUUGUGCUUCCAUUGCCUCAGCUCUCAGCUCAAAGGCCUCCAGUCUGACCGAACUUGAUCUGAGCAUUAAUGAUCUGCAAGAUUCAGGAGUGAAGCUGCUCUGUCCUGGACUGAAGAAUCCUCACUGUAAACUAGAGAAGCUCAGGUUGUCCAACUGUGGUGUCACAAAGGAAGGUUUAGCAGCACUGGCUGAAGCUUUUAAAUCAAACCCCUCUCACCUAACAGAGCUCAAUCUGCUGGAGAAUCAUCUGGAAGAAUCAGACAUUAAACUGCUCUCUGUGAUACAGAACGAGUCAUCAAACAAACAGAAGAAACAGGAGUAAUAGAAAUGUGUUUAAUAACUCUAAAGAGAGACUUAUGCUUUAAUCAUUGCAUGUAGUACAGAAAAAAACAAUGUUGAAAAACCCUCAAUUACACAUUAUUUGUACACAAUCCUUCUCCAAACUAGUAUAAUUUGUUGAGCCAAUAUUGCUCUCAGGCCACUCAAACAAACAGAUUAUUAUUUUGUUGGGUUGUGCAGAAAUUACACACUCCAGAUUUAAUUGUGAUAACUUAAAUCAAUGGAUUAUCUUCACAAUAUACAGUGCCAAACAUACAAAAAGGGUUAUUAAUUGUUUCCUUAAUAAUUACGCUCCAAAACACUGCUCCCAAUUAAGUGCAUAUUAAUGCACCCCUAUUGUAAAGUGUUACCAAAAAGUCUUAUAUCAUUCCACUAGAUGGCAGAAACUAGGAACAUGAAAAUGUUCUCUAUCACCUUCCAUCACAAAAGAAAGAUCUGAAAUGUAGGUGGAGCUAUAAUGCAUUUUAGCCACCACAGACGUACUCUUCCAUAGACAUUCCAUAGACUAAUAUCAGCUUUAUGCACCAAACUAGAUGUUUCAUUAAAUAUCUUAGCGUCUGAGUGGACUAGAAGCUCAAUCUAAGUGUAAUUAUAAAGCUGAGCUCCUUCCCUUUGCGAUGAUAUAUAACAUACUGUAUAUGAUUUGUUUAGCAUGCUUUUCCUUUUGGAUGGCAUAUUUUGUUCUGGAUAUCUAAGAUUUAACAUUACAUUUUUUUAACCCAAGCUCACAGACUAGUAAGAAACUGUGAAUUAUUUAGAAAACUGCCUACAGUAAGAGCAGAUAGCAGCAGUUUUGGGCUUCUUGGGGCUUACAGGAGCAAUGACAGACAUUUGUAUUUGAUGACUCUCAUAAAUCACAUUUUAAUUAUUUUAGAAAUCUUUAAAACUGUGGUAUAAGGGCAACAAAAUAAACUGUAUAGUCACAUUCCUGAGAAUGUGAGCUUUCAUUUGAUACAUGACUUGUCUAUUUAGGUGCUAUGUGGAAGACUUUUAUUUUUCUAAAAAUAUUUUGACCACAUUACCCUUAGGGGGGUGCUAAUGUACAAUGCGCAUGUUUUGUGGCCUUAUUUUGUUAUUUUAUAUCAGAUAAAUGCAGAAGUGAUGGUUAUCUCUAAAAAGUUCAGAUUCUAAGCUUUCAAAUGAUACCUCAUAUGCCUGACUUAUGUAUACGUAAACAUUAACGCUUUAAGCAUAAACCUUUUUUGCAAUAUAGUGCACCCCAUAGAGUUUAGUGGAGAUUCCAUCUUUGAACAAAGGUACAUAUAACUACUUGAAUAUUACUUGAUACAGCUGUGAUUAUUUUAAUUAUUUCUUUUGAAAAUGAUAUUUUUCAAUCUUGAUGAUGUUUACAAAAAUAUUAAAACAUGAAUUCUGAGAAAUCAAAUUAAUCUGGUUAAUGAAAAGUGACUGAUCAAUGCAAAUACCAAUUCCCUUGAGCAAUGUAACAAUUAAAACCAGGGGUAUUUUUACAGUUUUGUACACGGGGUAAUUCAGAGCUUAAGUUGAGCCUCAUUCUCGAGCCCCUUCUUUGUUGACAGCAAGCCACAUAUGUUUACCCUUUACCAAACAAAAAUUAUUUGGGCAGACAAACUUGUUAAAUAAAGUUGCAAAUGUGGGUUUGAUAGGAGCUUGUUCAUCUAGGACUGUCAAUCUUGUUGCAAGGAUAUAAAACCAACUGCUUCUCUCACUCUGGUGACGAUUCUUCCAGCAUUCCUCCGCUUCCCCAUCUCCAGCUUUAUAUUUAAUAAUGCCUAUACCAAUAAUUAUUUCAAUAUUGUCUUUAUAUUCCUUGCUCUAGUCCAGAUGUUCUCAAUUUUUGGUCUCACCCCCUUUGAAACUAGAAAAACGUUAUUUUUAAAAUACAAUGAAAACUGAAUGUAUUCCUCCAGGUUUCACUGAUUUUCUGAAUAAUAUCCAUCAUGGACAGCACAACAAAUCUGUUUACCCUAAUGUAUUCCAGGACUUUAUGAACCAGUGAACUUUUGAACCCUGUGUGAAGCAACGUUUCACACAUGCAAUAAGGGGGCUAGCAAUGCUUUUAUUAACACUGCUAGCCAUAAUUGCAGUGCCAAAGUGUGCAAUGUGAAAUGAUUGAAGUGUGAUGCCAAUCAGAAACUCAACAGUAAUAUGCAAAUAAAAACUUUAACUCAGGGUUUACAUAUGUACAGUGUCUCAAAAUGUGAAUACCAAGGAUAAAUAAAGUACA